GUGCUGGCAAGCAGAGAAAGCGAGGGUAGUAGCAAAGGCGCGCCCUCACCCGAUUGCCACCAAAUAUCCAAGGAAGCGCACGGCCGUGCGUGGGAAGCAGAGUUAGAGCUGGUGCGCAUCGCAGGUACAACUGCGGAAUCCACUCGUACUCCGGUAGAGAGCUGCAGAGCGUGAGCGAGAAGAGGGGCAAAAGAAGGAGUAGGAGGAGAAGAAGAGGCGGAAUUUGCACUCUCGAAAUACCUUCUGAUAAAACUGAAGAGAGCCUGUGCAGCAACAGCAGGACGUGGGGGAGGCAUCGGUGUGAAGAAGGGACGGGAGUUGCGCCUUCCUUAAGUUGCGUUUUCAGCCUCCUCCGGACAGCCACGACCCAGCAGAAAUAAACAGCGCGGAAAACAGCCGGAGAUCUGUCGUGUGUGUCCUAUAUGUGUGGAGAUGGAGAACCCACAUACCAAAUCGACAUCCGAAGUUCUCGAUUUCUUCGGGGUAAAUGAAAACCAUGGACUGUCACCUGAGCAGGUCAAGCGGCACCUGGAGAAAUUCGGUCCAAACGAGCUGCCAGCAGAAGAAGGAAAGUCUCUAUGGGACCUUGUGGUUGAGCAGUUUGAAGACUUGCUGGUGCGGAUUCUUCUCCUUGCAGCAUGUGUUUCAUUUGUCUUGGCUUUGUUUGAAGAAGGUGAGGAGAGCACAACUGCUUUUGUGGAGCCUAUUGUCAUUCUGCUCAUUCUCAUAGCAAAUGCUGUCAUCGGUGUGUGGCAGGAACGCAAUGCAGAGAAUGCCAUUGAAGCAUUGAAAGAAUAUGAGCCAGAAAUGGGAAAGGUCUUCCGCAUGGACCGCAAAGCUGUCCAGAGGAUCAAGGCCAAGGACAUUGUGCCAGGGGACAUUGUAGAAGUUGCAGUGGGUGAUAAAGUCCCAGCUGACAUCCGAAUUACGUCUAUCAAGUCUACCACCCUGCGUGUGGAUCAGUCCAUACUCACCGGUGAAUCAGUCUCAGUAAUUAAACACACAGACCCAGUUCCUGAUCCCAGAGCUGUCAAUCAAGAUAAGAAAAACAUGUUGUUCUCAGGUACCAACAUUGCUGCUGGGAAGGCUAUUGGGGUAGUGGUAGCAACAGGAGUUUCAACAGAGAUUGGCAAAAUCCGCAACCAGAUGGCUAGUACAGAGCAGGAGAAGACACCGCUACAGCAGAAACUUGAUGAGUUUGGGGAGCAGUUGUCAAAGGUCAUCUCUUUAAUCUGUGUGGCUGUUUGGGUCAUUAACAUUGGCCACUUCAAUGAUCCUGUUCAUGGAGGCUCGUGGAUUCGUGGUGCCAUCUAUUACUUUAAGAUCGCCGUUGCAUUGGCAGUUGCUGCCAUCCCAGAAGGGCUACCAGCUGUCAUCACAACAUGCUUGGCUUUGGGCACACGUAGAAUGGCUAAGAAGAAUGCCAUUGUCCGAAGUCUGCCAUCUGUGGAGACUCUUGGAUGUACCUCGAUCAUUUGCUCCGACAAGACCGGGACCCUCACAACAAAUCAGAUGUCUGUAUGCAGAAUGUUUGUUGUGAACAAAGCAGAAGGUACAACUUGCAGCCUGCAUGAAUUCACUAUUACUGGAUCCACCUACGCACCUGAAGGACAAGUGAUGCAGGAAGACCGGGUGGUACGCUGUGGAGAUUACGAUGGUCUUGUGGAGCUUGCGACAAUCUGCAGCCUGUGUAAUGACUCGUCACUGGAUUUUAAUGAGGCCAAGGGAGUUUAUGAGAAGGUCGGUGAAGCAACUGAAACUGCUUUGACCACACUGGUGGAGAAGAUGAAUGUUUUUGGAACAGACCUCAGCAAUCUUUCAAAAGUAGAGCGAGCUGGUGCCUGCAAUGCUGUGAUCAGGCAGCUGAUGAAGAAGGACUUUACUCUGGAGUUCUCUCGGGACAGGAAAUCCAUGUCUGUAUAUUGCACCCAGUCUAAACCUGGCUUAGGGAGCAAGAUGUUUGUGAAGGGUGCCCCUGAAAGUGUAAUUGAGCGCUGCAACUACCUCCGAAUAGGAAACAACAAAGUCGCACUGACUGAUUCACUUCGGGAGCAGCUGAUGGGAGUGAUCAAGGACUGGGGGACCGGAUCAGACACCCUGCGUUGCCUCGCCCUUGCUACCCGUGAUAUUCCACCCAAGAAAGAGGAAAUGGAUCUUGAGAACUCUGCCAAGUUUGCUCAGUAUGAGACCAACUUAACUUUUGUGGGCUGUGUGGGCAUGCUGGAUCCUCCACGCAAGGAAGUAAUGGGGUCCAUAUCACUGUGUGCUGAGGCUGGCAUCCGCGUCAUUAUGAUCACUGGAGACAACAAGGGAACUGCUGUAGCAAUCUGUCGGCGCAUAGGAAUUUUCACAGAGAAAGAGGAUGUAACUGGGAAGGCCUUCACUGGACGUGAGUUUGAUGACUUGUCUCCAGAGAUGCAGAAAGAAGCCUGCAAAUACGCUCGCUGCUUUGCACGUGUCGAGCCAGCACAUAAAUCAAAGAUCGUAGAGUAUCUACAGUCCUUUGAUGAAAUUACAGCCAUGACCGGCGAUGGUGUAAAUGAUGCCCCAGCGCUGAAGAAAGCUGAGAUUGGAAUUGCCAUGGGCUCAGGAACAGCAGUGGCCAAAUCAGCUUCUGAGAUGGUGCUAUCUGAUGAUAACUUCUCCACCAUAGUGGCAGCAGUGGAGGAAGGCAGGGCUAUCUACAACAACAUGAAACAGUUCAUCCGCUAUCUUAUCUCAUCCAACGUUGGUGAAGUGGUUUGUAUCUUCAUGACAGCGAUUCUUGGCCUUCCGGAAGCUCUCAUUCCUGUCCAGCUGCUAUGGGUGAACCUUGUGACAGAUGGCCUCCCUGCCACAGCCCUGGGUUUUAAUCCUCCUGACUUGGACAUCAUGAACAAGCCACCACGCAAUCCUAAGGAGCCUCUCAUUAGUGGAUGGCUUUUCUUUCGCUACCUAGCCAUUGGAGGAUAUGUUGGCUUAGGAACUGUUGGCGCAGCUAUGUGGUGGUUCUUAUUUGAUGAAGAAGGACCACAGGUCUCCUUCUAUCAGCUGAGACAGUUCAUGCAGUGCACAGAAGACAACCCAGUGUUUGCAGGAAUUGAUUGUGAGAUUUUCGAAUCACGCUACCCAACGACUAUGGCCCUGUCAGUUCUGGUCACAAUAGAGAUGUUUAAUGCUCUCAAUAGCUUAUCUGAGAAUCAAUCCCUGCUGAGAAUGCCACCAUGGGUGAACUUUUGGUUGCUGGGGGCCAUCAUCCUGUCAAUGUCCCUGCACUUCCUCAUCCUCUACAUUGAACCACUACCUCUAAUAUUCCAGGUGACACCCCUGAGCUGGCCCCAGUGGGUUAUGGUGUUGAAGCUCUCCUUUCCUGUGAUCCUGCUUGAUGAAGGUCUUAAGUAUAUCUCCCGUCACUAUCUGGAAGAAGAAGAAGAUAAGAAGUACAUCCGGAGGAGGCAGCUGAAGUUCUGACCAUGUGAACCAUUACUUGAUAAUAAAGCUGACGUCUUGCUUGAUCGACCACCCGUAACAGCCAGCAAGACCUGCAUGCAUUAGAUCAUGCAUCGAUGGAUAACAGACGGACUGCACAAUUUACUGAUGACUUGUAGCUUUUUUUUCUGUACAUAUUAGUGCAAUAACUGGACCAGAGUGUAGACAAGAGUGAGGGCCGAGAGCGAGAGGCUGUGCAUUGGGAGACAGACUCACUAACAGAAAAUCCAUUUUUUUUGGGCCAACAUCAUGGAGCACAGAAAUUUCAGAUGGGAGAUUACAGGACAGGGAAAGAGGCCGUAAUGAGUUAGAUAGAAAUCUGCCUAAAAAAUCAUGUCUGCCUUCAGUGUGGCUCGCUCUGCUUUGGUUUGGUUCCCUCGGCUGCUGGCGGGGGACUGAAAACUCGUCUUCUUGCCUCUCUUUGUGUUCCAGUUGCAAGUUUGUUCAAAAUCUUUUUGAAGAAAACGAAGUGAAAUAUAUUAUGGGGAGCUGUGGGAAUACCUGCUUACUUAAAUGUGGCAUUGCGGGGGGGAUAAAAAAAAAAAAAACAACAAAAAGAAGCUUAUUAACCCUCCAGUGAUCUCUUGCAAGAUGGUCUGGCUUCAGUUUUGGAAUCUGUGUCCUUCCUAAGUUUUUUCCAGACAAUGUUUGCCAUUCCUGCUGUGACCUAUGUAUGCCAAUGGUUAAAACUUGAUCCUGACAUUUUAUUGUUUAAUACACUUUGACCUGUAAAAGGAUGUUAUUAUUAAAGGGAACUUUAUAAAGGGCUGAACAUGCACAAGCCUGUUGCCAUGCUA